CAGGCCCAGUAACACCGAGGUGCUGCCUAUCUCUCUCUCGCUCUCUCUCUCUCCUCAGUGCCGCUUAGUCAGUCGACCCGAGCGGUUGAGGUGGCCGAGGGAAGCCUCCGCUCCGCUCGCCUGAGGGAGUGGAAGCACUGCGGGCGGGGGCGCACGCCAUGGAGCCGCGGGCCUGGUCUGGGCUGCGAACGGCGAGCGGCGGCAGCGGAGGCAACGGCGGAGGAGGCCCUUGAAGGCGAGGAGGAGGAGGAGGAGGAGGACGUGGCGGCGGCGGCGGGAGCCUCCGAGGAAAUGGCCACCGAGCCCCCGCGCUGUGCGGCGAGCAGGGAGCCCGAGCGGCUUCUUCGGGGCGCCAAGGCGGACGUGCCUCCGCGCUCCGCGGCGUCGUCGUCGGCGGAGGGAGAAGAGGAAGGAGGAGGAGGGAGGAGCGCCCGGCUGCUCAACGGCUGCGUGCCGCUGUCUCACCAGGUGGCUGGGCACAUGUACGGCAAGGAUAAGGGCGGCAUCCUGCAGCAUCCUGAUGGCACAGUCCUCAAACAAUUGCAGCCACCACCUCGAGGGCCCAGAGAACUAGAAUUCUAUAAUAAGGUGUAUGCUGCUGACUGUGAAGACUCUGUGUUUCUAGAACUCCAAAAAUAUUUGCCAAAAUAUUAUGGAACCUGGUCAUCACCUACUGCACCCAAUGAUUUGUACCUGAAACUGGAAGAUGUGACACACAGAUUUAAAAAGCCAUGUAUAAUGGAUGUAAAAAUAGGCCAGAAAAGCUAUGAUCCAUAUGCUUCCGCUGAGAAGAUUAAGCAACAAGUCAGCAAGUACCCAUUAAUGGAAGAGAUUGGGUUCUUGGUGCUAGGCAUGAGGGUUUAUCGCGCCCAUUCUGACAGCUAUGAGACGCAAAACCAGCACUAUGGAAGAGGCUUAACGAAAGAGACAGUAAAAGAUGGUGUGGCUCAGUUUUUCCAUAAUGGAUUCUGCCUGAGAAAAGAUGCUGUAGCUGCCAGUAUUCAAAAGAUUAAAGAAAUACUGCAGUGGUUUGAGAAGCAGAAGCAGCUUAACUUUUAUGCAAGUUCUUUACUAUUUGUCUAUGAUGGCUUGUAUCCGAUGACAGCUACAUGGUUAAAUGAUGGCAGUCUGGUCGAGAAGGGAAGAGUGUCCAAGAGUCAAGUGCCAAGUGGUGGUACAUUGGAAUAUAAUAAUAACAUUCGUGUCAUCAGUUCUACAGAGAAUGGCAAGGUAGAGACCUCUGUAGGCAAAGGCUUCUCUAAAAUGUAUGCACUUCACAAAAGGCACCAGAGUCAAAUUUCCCUUCAAGUUGAAACUGUGGAACAAGACAACAUAUGGAAGAGCAGUGCUUGCCUUUCACAAGAACAUCUGAAUGGAAAUGUUAUACCUCAGCUGGAAAAAGUUUUCUGCCACAUGCCUACUACGCUGCCAGAAAGCAUGGAGGUUGAAGUCAGGAUGAUAGAUUUUGCGCAUGUGUUCCCCAGCAACACACACGAUGAGGGCUAUAUUCAUGGUCUGAAGAAUUUAAUUACCGUCCUUCAAAAUAUUUUAGAUACUUAAACUUUUUGCUAUGAUUUCUACUGGGGGCCAAUUAUAAUGAAAAGCAACAACAUUUCUGCACUUGUGAUUCUGUUCUAUGUUGGUUUGUAUUGUUCUACAUUUUACUUGUCUUUGUACUUUUGGUAGGAUGAUCAAGUAUUUUAUAAUCUUACUCAGGAAAAUUAUUCUGUAGUUUCUUAUAGUUUAGUAAGAGAGAAGCUAAUGAGAUUUAACUGGUAAUCGUAGGAACCUGCAUUUAACUUGUGAAGCUUAGCUAAAAUUGGGGGAUGAUUUGUGUCAGAUAAAAUGGUAGAGCUUUCUCAUACCCUUAAAUAUUUUUAGCUUAAUCAGAGUCCGUCCAUGCAGCCAGAACACUGAGCCAUAUCUCUAAAUAACGGGUUAUUAGGAGAAUAUUAGAAUAUUAUCCUUAGGUGUUUACUACAUCUUUAGAACUGGAGCAUUUCUGAGGGAUAAAUACUUAGAAAUCUAUAUUCUAAAUGAACCAGCAUUUUAGUGUGAGGUGAUCAUACUGCUUCAUUCUUAAAACUGGGUAGGUAUGUUCCUCUUUUCAUGGCUAAACUUAAAAGUAUACUCGAACAGUGUAAUUUAUUAUGAGUGCUAUUGAAAAGUUUUUCAAAACUUAUGAAAUAGGAGUUGUUUGCCAUGUAAAGAUGUUAAAUGCUGUUUUGAAACAUUUGUGUCAGAUUUUGUGCCCUAUUUUGUUUAUAAGCUUUAUAUUUAGAUAUUCAACUAGGAGUUGCUUUGGACAUUGCAGAAAAACAGCAAAAUAAUAUAUCCUAGUGAGUCUACAAUGUCUAAAGUCAGUUAUAAAAAUAAGGUAGUACUAUGGCCAUUCAUUGUGUGGGCAGUUUUGUAAAAUUGCACAACCAGUGGUUAAGAUAGUUUUAAGAGGUUGCAGUUGGAGAGAGUAUUUAAAGAGCUCUCCAGUCUCUUAAGUUGCAUCCUCUUGAAAUCCUCUCAUCCAAGGAAUGUAUGAACACUAGAAAUAAGUCCAUGUUGAAAAAUGGCCAUUAUAAGCCAGGGUCUUCAAAAUUAUUAAAUUGCCUAUGGUGAGAAUAAAGACUGCUUUAUCAGACAUAAUACUACACAUUGAUAAAUACAAGCAGAUGGAAGCCAGAGACUCAAGUAGAGGAUGUUUAAAGCUUACACCCACAUUUUGGAACAAACCACAGUUUCUGUUAAUUCCAAAUACAGGAUUUUCAUUUUUUUUUUUUAAAGCUGAGUUAGUUCAGUCGAACCAAAAUUGCACUGCGGCUUAAUGUUGUAGUUUCAAUAAGCCACAGUUUACUUAUAUUACAGUAUAAUGGGAAACUGCAUUUUGGAACAAACCAUAAACAGUAGCUAUAAAUGCUUUCUUGUGCUCAAACCGGAGGGGAGAAUUUGUUAGUCCGAGGCUUGUGUCUGCUUUCUCUCUUAGCGUUACAUUUGAAAUGGGCCUUAUCGUGCAAACAUUGGGCUGAUACAAGAGGGCUUCCUUCUGGCAGCAUGUGCAUCUCCAUAAACAUAAAAAAGGCAGAAAGGAGAGUAUGGACCUCAUUCAACUAAUGUGUCCUGGUAGUGGAAGCCUGUGCAAGUACUUUUGUUAGCUCCUAUGGCUCUAUAUUGUCAGGAGACCCCCCAAAGCAGUAGGAGGUAGAGUGUGGAUGUUUUGUCUGGCAAGCUUAAGUACUUGUGCUAAUCAAUGAUUGGCAUAGCUCUACAAUGAAUUUCUCCCUGGGUGACAUAGCAUGACACCCCACAGCAAUUCUCAUGGGCAUGUUUCAGAAUCUGUCUAGCAUGGAAAUGGUUGCAGUCAAAUCCAGUGAUACAAGAUGGAAAAUUGUACAAAUCAGAAAAUUUUCUGGAAAAUCUUUCAGUGCUUUAUUUUUUUUCAUGGAAUUUUUUCCCCUUUUUGUAAGUUUAUUAAUAACUAGAUGCCAGCUGCAAAUACAGUAUAAGGCAAGCUUGGCAGUUUUGACAUUUUUAGCUUUGUUUAUGAAACACAGGUAAAUUAGAUCACUUUUUAUAAGCCAUCAGAAAAAAAUUCUAGCACAAAUUAUGCUGUGUAAAUUAAGUUUACUUAAUUUGCAUAGGAAAAAAUAUCCUCUACCACCUCCUGAAAUUCACGUCGCUGGAAAAUACUUUUUAACCAAAUGUCCAUUUUCUAGUUGUGCCGUUAAGGAGAACACUUUGCUUGACUUCAAAACUACCAAGAACCAGAGGCUUCUGUCACUGAGCAGGCCCCACUUGGAAGCACCUUACAGCAGUGCUGUAAGGGAAUUAUGCAAACAGACACUUUCUCCUGAAUUUGAUCACCCUCCCCCGAACUUUUUAGAAGGAAAGCUACAAUUUUAGGAUUAAUUUCAAUGUUCUGCUAAUACUGUUUCAUUGUAUGGUGUUUUGUAGGCUAAUUGGACAUAAGAAUUUAUCAGAGUUUUGUGUUUUCACUUUCUAAGGUUCACUAGAAUACUGAUUUUAAUUGGAAGCAACGUGGUAAAUAUACAUGGACUUUUUAUUUCCUGUCAAAACAAUUCUGCAUCGAUAAACAGUUUUCACAUAGGUUAUAAAGUGAGCCUUAAUUAAUAAAAGCCUAUGUCAUACUACCAUCUUUAAGACUGAUUAGAAGAAUUCAGUGUUCUGUGAAGUAAUUUAAAGCAUAUUCUGGAAAAAGUUACACUAUUCUGCCCUGUUGAGCUACGUUUGUAACAAUUAGCUUAUUCUAUAGUAGCUUAUGUUAUCUGUGUGUUUUCUGUUCAACAAAGAAUCUUUACACUCACACACACACAUAUUGGUAUGUCUAAUGUAGGCAGGUAUUCUUGUCCUGUACCAUUUCACAUCUGUAGGGCAGUAAUCUGUGUGCUCUGUAAUAUUAGUAUUAUAAUUGUUCAUUGCUGUGCUGCUUACACUAUUUAAUGUAACUAGAACAUUGUAGGAUCACCUUACAGAAAGCACUCCUAUCUAAUUUUCAGUUUUUAUAGUUGCAAUUGUAACAGAAUUAUACUUAUUUUUAUUCAGUUGGAAGUUAAUAGUACUUUAAAUUAAAAACUGGGUACAGCUAAAGGUAACCCAUUCAAAUGUAGACUGCAGAAAUGGUGAAUUCAGAACUUAUGUGACUUUCACGGGAGGACAGAAAAGAGAAUAAAAACUCAGAAUGGGAUAGUAUGCUUUCCUUUAUGUUAGUAUACUCUCACCAUUGUUUAUGGACUAAUUUCCUCGUUUCCAUUUCUUGUUCAUAGGAAGCCUUGUAGAGUGAUGCUUUAAUAGCAUAAGCUUGGGUACGUAAUUGUGAAAGUUCUUAUUUCAUAGAUUUCCUGAUUCUGUAGCUUAUUGUGUAUGUUGGAACUUGGAUGUACACAGGAAUGCCUGGUACACGCAGGGCCUUCCCUAUUCACCUAAUGAAGGAGGCAAGUUGAUUUUAUGUGCAAAAAACAGAUAUGCCCACCUCUAAUUGAAGUGGAUAUGAAAACCUGUGUAUUAUGAUAACUUUGUGUAUAUAUCAGAGCACCUACAGGGCUUGAAAUUGGAGCCCUUGUGUAGCAUAAGGAGUAUUUAAAUGUGUCUCUUUGGAAGGAAGAAUGACUGAUGUAAACACUAAUGAAGAUGACUCCACAGCUACAGCCUCUGUAAAUGACAUUGAUUUUGAAAAAUUGGCUCUUGUCACAAGGACACUUCUUAGUAUUGCUUCUGAUGUGUUUGUGAAAAUACUCCUUUUAAAUGUAUUUUGUGGGAAAUUAUGUACAAUCUUACCUGAUAAGAAUUUAAAUUAUAUAAUUUUUUAAUAGCAAAACAUUUUCAUUCUUGGUAUUUUUGGAUAUUAGUGGUUCCUGGUGCAUAUAUUCAAAUGAAAUUUAAAAUAAUGGUAUUAUGAAAUGUUAAAAUAUUUUAACUAACUAGUUUUACAGAACUAUGAAAUUGUGUAUAAUUGUGUUUUCACAUGGAGGCUGUAUUUUCAAACUGAAAUUAUUUUUGUUCUAUUGUACAGGAGAACUAUUUUUGCGUAUCCCAUACAUUACAUACCAUUCCAUUUGAGAUGCUUAAAUUUUAGGAAGAGACUAUUUUCACUUAAAUUGUGGAUUGAAUGAACAAUUUGGCAGGUUACAAGUAGGUCCUAUGCAUGCUUACCUGGAAAUAAGUCCCUCUGCGUUUUGUGGCAUUUCUUAAGCGUGCAUAGCACCGUGGCCAUAGUUUGCCAUAGCAGAACUGAAUAAGGGUCACUUAGGAAUGUGACUGGUUGUCACUAAGGGUGCAAAAUACUGCACGGAUUUUGAGGGAAACAUAUUUCAGUAUUAAAUACUAAUCUAGAGAGAGAGGAGGGCACAACCACUAUAGACCAUGAGCCGAAACCCUUCUAAAUUCCUUUAUAUUACGGCCCUUUUAAAGGACUGCAACUGAUACAAAACACUCCUUUCGACCUGUCCAUAUUAGCUAUUUUAAUUUUUCUUUAUAUAGUUUACACUAUUUGCAAUAACCGUCCCUGCUGAGUGCCUUCUGCUUCAGGUUUGGUACCUUUUAAAUGACCUCACGUAGCAUCUAUUGUGAUGUAAUGGAAUGCUUUAAGGGAGAGUUGAAUGACUGUAUUGAUUAUGUCCCACUAAUGUUGGAGAGUAUGGUUUCAAUAGUUAGCUUCUUUUGAUCCAAAACAAAUUCGGAAAACUGCCACGCUUUGUGCUUAAUUCCACAAUAAUAGUAAAUUGUGAGCCAUGCUUAAAAACCUAUGAGUGAAUCACAUAAUGAAUUACUGAAGCCCCUGCCCCCCCAGUUAUGUUGUCUGGCUCGCAUGUUACCAAAUAAGAAGCCAGAAAGGUUGAGGAGGCAUCUGUAGCAACAGGACUUGGGAACGGGGCAUUCUGUAGGGGUGGGAACUGUGGCUUUGGCUCACCCACCCCAUAUCCCUUCUCAAGUGGCCCUACCUCAAAACUUUGCUUUCUGUGGACAUACUGCCUUUACUCAACAAUGACAAAACCCCGGGGGCUUAAUACACAAUCAUAUGCAUCCAUGUGCCUUGCCGGUACUCAAAAGAAGCAUUGGAUUUCAAUUCCUGAAAAGAGGCGACCUCAUCUGUGUGGUUGUGAACCAGUCCUUAGGGUGCUUGAAUCUGGCCAUAUGUGAAUCUUUUUGAAGAGAGCCUUCUGUAGCAUAUUGUGUGGAAAGGAAUUUGAAUAAGAGUUUAGGUGGGAGAUGCUGAAGAAGGCAGCAGUAAAUAAUUUAUUCACUCAACGUGUAGCUUUUUGCAGAUCGUAUCCAUCCAAAAGCCUUACAUUCAGUUUUGUUUUGCCUGUUUUCUAUGUACUGUUCAUGCUGGUAAACCAUUGAAUUGGAGCAUAGAGUGAUGAACUCAUUCAGCUGUGAAAUAUUAUUACAUUAUAUAUCCAGGAGCUAAAUACUGCACAUUUGUAAUUGUUUAUUGUGGUUUUGUUAGCUGAAGUUGAUGCACACUUUAAAAAAUGAAAACUUUCAUACUAUGAAUAUUUCUACUAAUCUUCCCUAGGUAGCAACUCUGAGUAGUUUUGUAUGUAGGUAUAGAAAAUUAAUUUUUGUUUGCCAUUUAGAGAAGUGACGCCUGUACAUUUAGAGUUUGUUGGAGAUUAAUCUUUACGUGAAAUCCAGCAACAGGAAAGAGAAAGCAACAGUGGUUUUGGGAACAAACGAACAUUUACACACAUUGUCUAAAUCAUUGUCUAAAUAUGCUUUUGAAACAUGUAUAAAUGUUGGCACUGGAAAAAAAAAUCUGAACUGGCUGAACUGACUUUGAACUAAAAUGUCCAAAUAUGAUUAAUAUUGCACAUCUGCAUAUGAAUGAUACCAGAGUGCACAUAAGCACUUUAAUAUUCUGAGAACUGUACUGGAAAAUAUAUGGAAGCAUGUGAAAUUGCACCUGGAGCUGGAUUAACUGGUGGGGGUGGGAGGGGGGAUUUUACAGUUUAAAUGUACAUGAAUGAAUGAAUGUAAUCUGGCCUCAUUUUCUCUAGCUCAAAAAGUUGAAAUUGUGUUGUGCGAUGUCCUUUUUUGGUGUUUGACUGUAACUGAUAUUUUGGGAGGAUUGUUGUUGGACUGCAGAGGUAUGUGUUUUAUAGUUAAAAAAAUCUAUUAUGCUAUAUACCAAUUCUUUUGUAAUUUAUGUGAUAUUUAGGUGAUUCUAAUAGCUGUAUAUUAGGCUGACUAUUAAAUUGUCUUUUAAGUUACCUUGAA